AUGGUGGACGACCUUGGAUUAGUCCAGGGCAUCAUCGCCGCAGUAUAUGCUGUUGCCUUGGCCGGACCAGUUUAUACAGCAUGUGCCCUCGGGGAAGCUGCCGUGUGGCCUAUCCUGAAUAAGCAGGCGAAGACUUUGAAAGAGCUGGACUCGUUCUUAUCUGCCGCUCGUGGAUCCAUUGCCUCGUUGCCCCCAGCGUACAUGGCCACCCGCUCGAUCGAAGCCCUUGUGGUUAUUUUGUGCAUCACCAUCGCAACCAUCACCCCGCUGGUCGGCUCGCCCAUUGUCGGGUAUGCCUACACUCGACUGGACGUGGCAAGCGAGUAUACCAGCACCUACAUGACCGGAGGGGCCAUGAGGAGCAGGUUCAUCCAGAGGAACCCUCCCAUCCGUCUUCCUGCUGCUGCCGCACAAGCCUUCAACCUCUAUACGUCGUGGUCCAGCAACCUGUCCUCCGAGGCGAUGCCCAACUUCCGAGAUUACAUCGUCAACCGCAAUCGGCUGGCCGAUCGAGGUGAGGUAUCGGUCCGUGCCGUGAAGGUCGAGAAGCGCAUAAGCUGCACCGGGCACGCGGUCAAGUUGAAGGACCAUGACGACGUUUCUGUUACCACGGACACCAAUAUGGGGAACAAGAGCAGCAGCACGGCGCGCAUCAGAGUUCAGCCGGUACUCAGCGUAUGGGUUGACCAAAUCCGAUAUAUGAGCGAGACAAGAACAAUAUCAACCCUUAUAUUCGCAGCCCUGAAUGGCACCAUCGAGAGCGGCGAGUUUUCCGAGGCAACGAGGGGAAUGAAGGUGGAGAACUACACGGGAGUGUCGGCUGUGGCUUGCGACGUGGAUGUCAAUUUGGUCGAUUCUUCAUUCGAGACUGGCAGCGGGACGUCACAAUUUACGACUGUCUCCGAUCUGGGUAUGCUGGAGGGGCCAUCCCAUCCGGAUUCGCCGUACGGGCCUCUUGGAGACGUGGCUGCGUGGUUCGGAGUUGCACCAUCGAUCAUGGGCCUCAGCGUCCACGGAACACAACCGACAUUUGUGGACAGAAAGCCACUACCAAAAGCUUAUGCUUCUUGGACUGCACCGAAGGCCUUCCACUGGGAGCUCGAGUCGAUUUACAGAUUCAUUAACGUUAGCUCAGGGGCCCUAGGUACAUCGAUUCGCUCCGUUGGAGGAAGCGACGAACUCAACGGUGAACCCUUGAACGCUACAUUGGUAUCUCGGAAAGCCAUGAAAAGACUGGAUCCGGCGCGGGUGUAUUACUUACUCAUACCGCCUUUUGUACUCCUGGCCAUCAUUAGCACUCUUGCUUCCUGGAGUCACUGGAUCCAUGAGCGCGCAAACAUCCCGAUCAUGCGCUUAGCUCACGUCUCCGAGGUGAUCAAGAGUGCGCAGACUGCAGACAUUCUGGAGCCGGCCAGUGAGGACUCGAGAGUACCGAAUCAACAAUCCAGCCUAAGAACCAUCAAGGUAAGAUAUGGAAUUGCAUCUGGCGGAACCGUUGGGUUCGCCAAGAAUAUAUCAAAUUUUUGA